GGUUCAUGUGUCCUUCCAAGGCUGCCGCAAAGUUCAACUCUAUGAGAUGCAAGUUGGGACUGCAACGUCGGUUCUAAAUCCUACUUCGGAAUAUUUGAAUAGUCAGGGGACAUGGGUCACGUAUAUUUUGGUGAUUCUGGUAGUGCACUUCAUCUUACUAUGCGUCCCACUCUUCACUACCGCUGUUGUUUGGACGUUGACUUGUACUUUUCACAAUGUUGUUAUGUAUCGCUUGUUACACUGGGAGAAAGGAAGUCCGUAUGAAACAUUAGAUCAAGGAGAAUCUCGUGUUCUCACUCAAUGGGAGCAGUUUGACGAUGGUGAGCAAUUUUCACCGACGAAGAAAUUCCUCUUAGUUGUCCCGAUUGUUUUAUUCUUACUUGCAAGUUUCUACACAGAAUACGACCCUCUUCAUUGUUUUAUCAACGCAUCGUCAAUGAUUGUUCUAGCCGUACUUCCUAAGUUGCCUCAAUUUUAUAGGGUUCGUUUUUUUGGUAUCAAUCGUUGGUAAUCCCAUUUUUUCUUAUGCUCACAUCUUUAUAUCAAUAAAAACAAUAAUAGUAACAAUUAAAUUACAUUCGGUGUUUUGUUUCCUCCUCUGUAUUCGGUUUAUUAUAUUACAGUUGGAAGAGAGAAAAAAAGACAUUUCACCCCUUCCACUUCGAAAAGUGCACAGAUAUCAGAUAGUAAUUGUCGACUUCUCUUUUUUUACUUUGUGAUAUUGUGUUCAACCCCUCCUACAUACACUUAUGUAAUAUCUUACCAAAAAAUUGUUCUUAAGAUAUGUACCCUGGGUAUGUGUUUUUCUACUUUUAAAAAGCUUUUUUACUACCAUUUUUCAAGUUUCCAAUUAAUAUUUGUACCUUUAUAUUAAGCUGUGGAUGUAUUUUUUCCUUUCUAUCUCUGUAUCAAAUCCACUUCUAAUUGGAAUAUAAUUAUCGUUAGUGUUA